ACCUAAUUGGCGCAACUUUCGAAGAAUAAACACCGGUAGAGGUCUCUGCCAAUCACAUGCGUAUUGCGUGCGCGAUCUUUUUGUAAACAAAUGCACGCUGGACUUGAUCUGCAUGUUGUAGAUUUUUUAGUAAUAGAAAAACAUGAACUCAAAUGGAUCACAUGUUGAGGACGGAGGUGACUGUUCCAUCAGGCCGAUUUUGUGCGAACUUGGAGUCAUCACCAGACCAGACGGAUCUGCAAUUCUCACACAAGGGCACACAGUGGUCAUGUCGGCAGUUUACGGACCUUCGGAAGUUCGAAUGCAAAGACUUCAGGUUGACCGAGCGUUUGUUGAGACAAUAUUCAGGCCGAAGUCAGGAUUGCCUUGUCCGAACGAUCGAAUGCGAGAAACAAUCAUCAAAGACACAUGCGAGACUGCUAUGCUUGCCGCCCUGUACCCUCGAACCACAGUGUCGGUCAUUCUUCAAGAAAUGCAAGACUCGGGAGGGCUUUUGGCUUGUUCAAUAAACGCCUCUUGUUUGGCUCUGAUGGACUCUGGAUUGGCCAUGAAGUUCCUUUUCGCAGCAGUGACCUGCGGAAUCACAAAUGACAACAUAAUCAUUGUCGACCCGGAUGGAAAUAAGCUAAAGGACUGCAAAGCAACUCUCACAUUUGCAUUUGACAGCAUCGAUAAAAAUGUGAUCGCCUCGUACACAACCGGCACCUUUCCAAUUCAAGUCUACAACAACGGGCUCGAAAAGUGCCGGCAAGCUUCAGAUUUCCUUUUUGACUUCUACAGAGACAUUGUCAGAAAAUAUUCCACUACACUGUAGAUUUUUAUUCAAAAUUAAAAAUAUUUUUAAUGAAUGCUCGUCCAAUAAUUUUGACCAAUAUUUAAAAAAAAAAAAUGCAAUACAUAAUUAUUGCUGGAAACUCUGAAUGAUCAAUGAAUUCACAAAUUAACCAACAUAACAUUUAAGGUAUUUUGAAUCCCAGCACCUUGUACAAAUGGCAGUUGACGUCAUAAUGCAAUUAAAAUUCAAUAUCAAUUCAUAUUAAUGCUACAGUAAAAUAUUUUGGCCCCACUUCCCUUAGAACUGGUUAAUCUUCAUUAGUGUCGCACUAAUUUAUUCUUGAAACUUAUCACAUCUAACUAUCCAGAGCGACGAUGAUAUGACUCCUUUCAUUGGCAAGAAAAGAGCACUAGUUUUUGUACAUUUCA